CGCCCGAGCGCCAGACGCGGAGCUGGGAAAGGGGAGGUGGAGGAGGCGGAGGCAGAGCGGGAGCGAGGCGGUCGGACCGAGCGGCAGGCCGGCGGGGCUGGGCCACGCAGAGCCGGCCCAGCGAGCCCUCCCGCGACCCGCGCUGGUGGAAGCAGCAGCGGCUCCUCGCCCGCAUCCCGGACGGCCCGAGUCCGGACGGGGCUGCUAGCUAGAGGGCCGAGAGCAGAUCCCUCCGAGGGCUGGCCCUUGGGAAGGCGCCUUCAGCGGCGGGACCAGACAGGCCACCAUGACCGAGAACUCCACGUCCGCCCCUGCGGCCAAGCCCAAGCGGGCCAAGGCCUCUAAGAAGUCCACAGACCACCCCAAGUAUUCGGACAUGAUCGUGGCUGCCAUCCAGGCCGAGAAGAACCGCGCUGGCUCCUCGCGCCAGUCCAUCCAGAAGUACAUCAAGAGCCACUACAAGGUGGGGGAGAACGCCGACUCCCAGAUCAAGUUGUCCAUCAAGCGCCUGGUGACCACCGGGGUCCUCAAGCAAACCAAAGGGGUGGGCGCCUCCGGCUCCUUCCGGCUGGCCAAGAGCGACGAGCCCAAGAGGGCAGUGGCCUUCAAGAAGACCAAGAAGGAGGUCAAGAAGGUGGCCACGCCAAAGAAGGCAGCCAAGCCCAAGAAGGCUGCCUCCAAAGCCCCAAGCAAGAAACCUAAAGCCACCCCAGUCAAGAAGGCCAAGAAGAAGGCGGCUGCCACACCCAAGAAAACAAAAAAACCCAAGGUUGUCAAGGCCAAGCCAGUCAAGGCAUCUAAGCCCAAGAAGGCCAAACCGGUGAAGCCCAAAGCCAAGUCCAGUGCCAAGAGGGCCGGCAAGAAGAAGUGACGAGGAAGCCUUUUCUUACGGACACUCCACUCUCUCACUCUGUAAAUACUUUUUUCCUUUCUUCCUUGAUUCUUUGCAACCCUUUGCCCCGUUUGUUCUGACUUUAUAAGAGACAGACUUUGGAUUCCUCGGAGAUUGUGGAAUAAUUGCUUUUUCCUUCCAGUUGUGCAAGGACCGCAACAACAAAUCUCAUCUCUGUAACGAUGAGGAUGUACCUAUAUUUUGUUUUGUCGAUUCGCUGUUAAUCUUAAUGGGGUUCGGGUUUGGGUGGGGUGUGUGUCGUGUUGGGGGGGUUGCUAUGAGGGUAGAUGGGGACGGAGAGAACAGGCUCAGCAGUUUGUCCUCCUAAAGAAGGGAGCCCAGGAGUUUAUUGUAAAGGUCUGUAGGAGUGUCUUUAAGGUGUUUUGUUUUGUUUUUUAAGUUGGGCACCCCUGUGAGAAUUUCGCAAUCUUUAUCGGGGUGAGAGGGGAGAGCCGCAGGGGGUCCGAGGCCAGGUCCUUCUCUCCUCGGGCUGCGUGCCCUUCUGGCCUC